AUGUCUUCGUGGCCCUACCACUUCGCCACCCUCUCCGAGGAAGACAAGCUUCGCCGGCGCGAACUGCUCGAUUUGCGCGGGUCUUAUGCGCAAUGGUCAGUUAUCAUGGUGAUUACCCUGCUCCGAGUCUAUCAAGCAUGGGUCAAAGCAGCCUACCCCACAGAUAGCUCGGUAAAACCGCGCUGGGGACCCGUCUCAUGGUGGGAUCGUCCUCUGGUCGCUGGGUGGAUGGAGACUCGGAGGCAGUAUCUCAUCUGCGGAGUGUGGCUCUUAUGGCUAGUGGCUCUUUCAGUUUGGAAUAGUGGAGAGGAUUACCUCCACCUCACCAAGGCCCUUGGUCAUGUCGGCCUCUCCCAGCUCCCACUACAAGUCCUAAUGUCCCCAGCAGCCUACAUCUCAACCUCAAAGCCAUCCGCCUCAUCAAUCGUUUCAUUCCUUACUUCCAUCCCCCAAGGAACGCUGACGCCCUACCACCGUCUCUUCGGACGAAUGGUCAUCUCGCCUCUGCUCUUCGUCCACGCAACUCUCUACCUUCUCUUCUUCGUGCAAUCCGAGCAUCCAGAAUUCGGGUCGCUCCUAAAUAAGCGGGUCCGUGAUCUUGACGUGCAAUGCGGCCUGUUAGCGCUUUCUGCCGCGGUUCUCCUACUGCUGUUUGUUCGACCACGUGCUACUGCGCCGAAGAGUGGGACUCAGACGUGGCUUGCGGCGGGCUCGAUGCAGGAGCGCCGACGAUCGUUCUAUUUUGGCCAUGUUUCUUUGGUAGUUAUCUUGUGCUCCGCGGCGUACUUUCAUGUUGCUCAGGCACAGGGUUAUAUGCUGCAGACUUUGGGAUCUUCUGUGCUCAAUGGGGCGUGUUCGUUGGCUAUGAUUCGUUGGGGAGGGAGGGUAAAAUGA